UUCUCUCCCCGAUCCAGAUCCACACGCCGCCGCCGCCGCCGCCCCUCAUCUCCCUCGACGCCUCCCAUCCCCACCGACGACCUCGAUGCCCUUCUCCCCACUAGCGCCGCCACCAUCCUCUUCCCUUCCCCUCACCUUCCCUCGCUCUCUUCCCUUGGCCGCCGCACGGGCAGGACUGCGGCGCGGCACCACCGGCUCGUCGUCAGGGACGCGCACGGCGGGCUUUGAGCUCGUAGCGACAGAUCCGCGCCGGGGCGAGGAGCCUCCUGUUCCGCAGCCACCUAGUGCCCUCACAUGCCGCUCGGAGAGGAGCUCUCGUCACGGCCACCUCUUCACCAAGUGUUGCCAUUACCUCAAGGACAAGGAGGCACGACACAACCUCGAGCUGGCCACUGUGACGGAUCUGCGCCAAGGGCUGCGCUGGCCGAGGAGCCUUGGUGUUCUGCCGCCACUUCAUUCCCUCUUCCCCUCUGCGGGCCACCGGGAGAGGAGCCCUCCUGAUCUGCAAAGGAGGUGUCCGAGGUCAUGCACAGCGGGGAGGAAGAGCGAUUGGGCGGCCACUGCUCUGCGUGAAUGCUUCUUCAAGGGACGCCGCUGCUCCGACCACUCCAUGGAGUUAUUAGUUCAUCAAGGGGCCCCCCACUCCCACCUCUCUGUUCGAUUUGGCACGGAGAACACGACCCUUUAG